AGGCCCGAAUACAUCAGAGCGAGGAGGACUAGAGUCAGGACAAGAUCCAGGACCAGAUCCAGGACCAGAUCCAGGACUAGAGUCAGGACCAGAUCCAGGACUAGAGUCAGGACUAGAUCCAGGACCAGAUCCAGGACUAGAUCCAGGACUAGAGUCAGGACCAGAUCCAGGACUAGAUCCAGGACUAGAGUCAGGACAAGAUCCAGGACAAGAUCCAGGACCAGAGUCAGGACCAGAUCCAGGACUAGAUCCAGGACUAGAUCCAGGACUAGAGUCAGGACCAGAUCCAGGACUAGAUCCAGGACUAGAGUCAGGACCAGAUCCAGGACUAGAGUCAGGACUAGAGUCAGGACAAGAUCCAGGACCAGAGUCAGGACCAGAUCCAGGACUAGAUCCAGGACCAGAUCCAGGACUAGAGUCAGGACCAGAUCCAGGACUAGAGUCAGGAUCAGAUCCAGGACCAGAGUCAGGACCAGAUCCAGGACUAGAUCCAGGACUAGAGUCAGGACCAGAUCCAGGACUAGAGUCAGGACUAGAGUCAGGACAAGAUCCAGGACCAGAGUCAGGACCAGAUCAAGGACUAGAUCCAGGACCAGAUCCAGGACUAGAGUCAGGACCAGAUCCAGGACUAGAGUCAGGACAAGAUCCAGGACCAGAUCCAGGACUAGAGUCAGGACCAGAUCCAGGACCAGAUCCAGGACCAGAUCCAGGACCAGAUCCAGGACCAGAGUCAGGACCAGAUCCAGGACUAGAUCCAGGACUAGAGUCAGGACAAGAUCCUGGACUAGAUCCAGGACUAGAGUCAGGACUAGAUCCAGGACUAGAGUGAGGACAAGAUCCAGGACUAGAUCCAGGACUAGAGUCAGGACCAGAUCCAGGACUAGAUCCAGGAGUAGAGUCAGGACAAGAUCCAGGACCAGAGUCAGGAUCAGAUCCAGGACUAGAGUCAGGACUAGAGUCAGGACCAGAUCCAGGACUAGAGUCAGGACCAGACCCAGGACCAGAUCCAGGACCAGAUCCAGGACCUGA